AGAGAAAAAAAUGGGAAAAAAAUUCAGAGAGAGAGAGAAAAAUAGAAAAACAAAAAUCAACAUUUAACACACAAGGCCGAGGACCCCCUUUUCCCUCUCUCUCUGUCUCUCUCUCAAUCCCUUCUCUUCUGCGUCUCUCUUCCAAUGCAAACCUACGGUGAUCCUCUGCGAGUAAUCCCACCCUAACUCCCGUAAACCCUCUCGAUCUCUCUCUCACUAUGUCCCGUGAAGCCUCGCCGCCUCCGAUCCCCGGCGACCCCGGCCCCAACCCCCAGAACGGCACCGCCGCCGAGCCACAGACCGACGCCCCGCCGCCGGGGCCUCCCCUGUCGCGGAGCAACCGGCCGUCGCGCGCGUGCACCAUCCGCGCCGCCGCGCGGCUCUACGCGGCCUCGCAGCCGGCGACCGAGCAGCGCAAGGCCAAGGCGGCGCCCAGGAAGAAGGACCAGAGGAAUCGGCGGAGGGAGGACGGCGACGCCGGCGACGACGCCGGCGAUGUGUCGCCGCUUGGACAGCACCAAUGCAGCGCCAGCAGCAAGAUCGUGACGCCGCUGGUUUCGCCUCCGCCGCCGUCGCAAUUGCCGCGGUGGACUCUCCGGUCGAUGUGGGAGCUGGCCUCGGUGCUCAAUUUUUUGCAUGUUUUCCGGCCGCUCUUGAAUAUCUCGGCGGAGUUCACGGCGGAGGAGUUCGAAACGGCCUUGAUCACGCCCAAUGACACUCUCAGCGACAUUCACAUCCCUCUGUUAAAGGCUAUUCCUCCUGUUACACGAAUGGCACUUACACGCGAUUCUUGGGUUACAGUUUUAUGCAGAAAGUUGAGAGACUGGUGGCAUUGGGUAGCAGUUGGUGAUCUACCCAUUGUUGCUUCCCAUGGGGCGGAGGUUGAAACAUAUAAGACACUUGAUCCUGGGGUUCGCGUGGUCAUCUUGAAAGCACUUUGUGACAUUCGUGUCGAGCAAGAGGACAUCAGGAACUAUAUUGACAACUCACUUAAACAUGGUGCUCAACUUUCAACAUUUCGUAAAGAACGAGUUGGGGGUGACUCGCAUGGUAUUUCAUAUUGGUACGAAGAUGACUCAAUUGUCGGUCACCGACUUUAUAGGGAGAUACGGAAAUUUGAGAUCAAGAGAGCGAAAUCAAAGGGUUCUCAUAUCCCUCUUAAUGCAACAUAUGAAUGGGAAACGGUUGCAACCAAUUUUGAUGAAUUUCAAGAUGUUUCUGAGAAACUUUUCACAAGUAAAAAUAGAACAGAGUGUUCACUCGGGAAAAAGUUGAAGAUUGACAUGCUUCCCGAGAUUGAGAAGGAACAUAAGAGGAAAGAGAGAUUGCUGAAGAAGCAACAUAGACAGGCUCUUCUUCUUGAUAAUUUUUACAAUGUGGAUGGGCUUGCUCCAGGGCGCUCCCUUCGAGAUAGAAAACCUGUCACCUAUACUUUUGAUGAUUAUGAUCGAUCCAUCAAUGAGGCCAUCAAAAUAACCAAACGGAAGCAGCCAUCUCCAGAGUCUUUACUCAAAAGAGAAGGAGCUUCAAAACCUGAUGGAUUCUCUAAUGGCAGAUGGAGUGGUCCUUCAUAUGGUCAACAUGUCGGUUUUAGUGCUUUGUCUCCCAAAUCACCUGAUUUUGAUGAUGCUUAUGAAGAUGAUAAAUCGGAUCCAUUGGAUAGAAGCAAUCGGCGUAAGCAGAGGCCUCAACGGUAUUCCGAAAGAGACUUUGUAGAUGCAGUUUCAGAGAAUGAAGCAGAUUUUGACAGCGAUGAUGACAUAGUAGGAGAGGCUAUAUACGAUGAGGAAUAUUUGAGGCAGCGUAAACAGAGAAGAAAAUUUUCCAGUAGCUCUGAAGGAGAUGAGGAGUAUCAUUGGGAUGAUGAAAAUGCUGAAGAGGAAGAAGAGGAGGAAGAAGAAGAGGACUUAAGUAUGAGUGAGGAUAGUGAUGAGCCCCAGAAGUUUAAGAAAUUGCGAGGCCGUACUAGGAGGGAAACUAAGUUGAGGUCUGUUGAUGAGCUUCAAUCAGGUCUAAGACGGAGUAAGAGAUCCACCAGAAACCGAAUCAAUUACCGGCAGUACGAGCUGUCAGAUUCAGAAGGGGAGUCUAUGAAACAUGAAAAGCCAAAUGCAUCAGAUGAACAACCAAAUGCAUCAGAUGAACCGUCAGAAGAUGCAAGCGAGAACGCAGAGUUUUCAAUGGGAAGCCAAGAGUCUGAUGGUAAUGAUGAUGACCAGGAGAUGAAAGAUAGUCAGCCUGUUGAAGGUUAUCCCAAGACAGUAGAGAAAGAAGAGCAAAACCCACCUCCUGAAAAAUCAAAUAGCCUGGGCCAAGAUGAAAUUGAAGGAAUGCAGAAAAGGCGUUUUCUUGAUCUAAAUGAGAUCGCCACUGGUGACCUAAAUGAGAUUGCCCCUGGUGACCUAAAUGAGGUUGCCCCUGGUUCAAGCUUCAACGAUGUUCCAAAUACAAUAAUGAAAGAUGAGGAUACCGAUGAUUUCUGAAACUUUCCACUCUGCUGGAAGGUGAGGGCUGUUUUCACGAGCAUCCAUAAGUGUAUGAUAUUAAAAUUUUUAAAUUUUGUGAUAAGCCCAUGGGAAGCAGUUAUGGUCAGAGUAUUUCCAUGGCGUAAUUUAAGCAACUACCUUGGUGCAUGAUCUGCAGCCGGGGAGCAACAUGAUGCGGAGAGUUACUUAGAAUUAGGUAGUCAUUUUUUAGUAUUGUCGAGAUUCAAAAACAAACUUGCAAAAGAUGAAUGGGAAUUUGUUGGGAGUUCGUUAGUUCAUCAGAUCAAUGUACAAUAACCUUCAACUAAUAUUGUAACUGAAAAAUCUGGCUUUAGAUGUUCAAGCCUCCCUAGCAUCACUUUCAACUCUUAUGUUCAUGAAUCAUCUGCUCCUGCUCAUUUGGGUUGGUCGGUUCUGUUGAUAAAUUCAUCGGGUCGAAAACUGUCUUUUUUAUUUUUUUAUUACUGUAACAAUACCAUGACCAUCCUCCCACAGAAGGUAACUAAUUUUUUAUC